UCUCUCUCCAGCACUCCCCCUCUCUCUCUCAGCUGCUCUUCCUCCCCUCCCCUCUCUUCCCGUGGAUGGUUUAGCUCUCUCUCUCUUUCUCUCUCUCUCUCGCAGUCUGGUGGAGCCGCACACAAGGAUUAGAGGGUUGCUGUUAGUGUCUGAGAAGCCAGAAGACAGAAAGAGAUCCAAAUUCUCUAGAAAAGGAUAGCCUUAUUAUUCUGGAUAAGUGUUCUUGAUUUACCUUUUAUACAGGCUUUACCUCUUUUCUCAUUCCUGCCUAUUAAGCCAACCUAUUGCUGAGUCUUCACCUGGGAGAGGACAGAUAAACCAAGGGACUAUCUAGCCUGGACCUCCACACCGGGAGCCAUGUGAGCGGAACCCCUUCACCCACUUCACACUACAGAAGUCCCCCCCACAGUCUGCACUCUGAGCUGGGGAGCACAUCCAGGAUUUUUUCCUCCCUCCUCCCUGGAACCUCCACUUUCAGGGCUUGCGUUGAGGGACUCUCCGGGCUCGGCAUACCCCAGCGGAAGCCACUCAUCUCGGGGCACUGGUUGGGGUGUGAGUGCCCCCUGGUCUGGAGGCCAGCCAGCAGCACUCCAGCACCAUGGAUUACCUGUUUGGCAUUAUAGUGCUGCUGUGCGGGGCGGUGCAGCUGGGAAGAGGAGUUGAGCCCAAGCACAACGUACCCAGGCUAAAGCUGUCAUACAAGGAGAUGUUAGAGUCCAGCAACCUCGUCACCUUUAAUGGCUUGGCUAACAGCUCGAGCUAUGAUGCUUUCCUAUUGGACGAGGAGCGAGGGAGACUACUGGUGGGCGCAGAGGACCACAUCUUCUCAUUCGACCUUGUCAACAUCAACAGAGACCACAAACAGAUUGCGUGGCCUGCCACCCCCUCCAAGAGAGAUGAAUGCAAGUGGGCAGGGAAAGACCUUGGGAAAGAGUGCUCUAACUUCAUCCGGGUCCUACAACCAUACAACCAGACCCACAUGUACAUCUGUGGCACAGGAGCCUUCCACCCUAUCUGUGCUUUCCUGGAAAUGGGCAAAAGGGCAGAGGACAACAUCUUUCGGCUGUCCUCACAUUUCGAGAAUGGCCGCGGGAAAAGCCCCUAUGACCCCAAAAUGCUCUCAGCCUCACUCCUGAUCGAUGGAGAGCUGUACUCUGGCACAUCUGCUGAUUUUAUGGGAAGGGACUUCGCUAUUUUCCGUACCCUGGGAGAUCAUCAUCCAAUCAGAACGGAGCAGCAUGAUUCAAGAUGGCUGAAUGAUCCAAGAUUCAUUGGCGUAAAUUUGAUCCCAGAGAGUGACAAUCCUGAAGACGAUAAAAUCUUCCUGUUUUUCAAAGAGAACGCCAUGGACGGAGAGCACACGGGAAAGGCUACAAUUGCCAGGAUAGGACAACUGUGUAAGAAUGACAUGGGAGGUCACAGGAGUUUGGUGAACAAGUGGACCACUUUCCUCAAGGCCCGGCUAAUGUGCUCUGUCCCCGGGAUCAACGGCAUUGAUACACACUUUGAUGAGCUACAGGACGUGUUUCUCAUGAACUCCAAGGACCCAAAGAAUCCAGUUAUCUACGCUAUAUUCACCACGUCCAGUAACAUCUUUAAAGGCUCAGCAGUGUGUAUGUACAACAUGGCAGACAUCAGGAGGGUAUUCCUGGGUCCCUACGCCCACAGAGAUGGACCCAACUAUCAGUGGGUUCCCUUUCAAGGGAGGGUACCCUACCCCCGCCCUGGAACUUGCCCCAGUAAGACAUUUGGAGGCUUUGACUCCACCAAGGAUCUUCCAGAUGAUGUCAUCACUUUUGCCAGGGGUCACCCAGCAAUGUACAACCCAGUGCACCCAAUAGGGGGGCGUCCCAUCAUGGUGCGGACCGAUGUGGACUACCAGUUCUCCCAGCUUGUGGUAGACAGAGUGGAGGCAGAGGAUGGACAGUACGAUGUCAUGUUUAUUGGCACAGACAUGGGCACCGUGCUGAAGGUGGUCACCAUCCCCAGAGAAAGCUGGCAUGACCUGGAAGAGGUGGUGCUGGAAGAAAUGACUGUCUUUAGGGAGCCUACUCCCAUUACUGCGAUGGAGCUGUCAACCAAGCAGCAACAGCUGUACCUUGGCUCAGCCCUGGGUGUAGCGCAGAUGUCUUUACACCGUUGUGAGGUGUAUGGGAAAGCUUGUGCUGAGUGCUGUCUGGCCAGAGACCCUUAUUGCGCCUGGGACGGCAGCGAGUGCUCAAGAUACUUUCCUACCGCCAAGAGGCGAACCAGACGACAGGACAUCCGAAACGGGGACCCUCUCUCCCAAUGCUCAGACCUUCAGCAUCAUGAUGAUGUGGACGGCUUGGGAGGCAGUGUGGAAGACAGGAGUGUGUAUGGUGUGGAGAACAGCAGUAUGUUUCUGGAGUGCAGCCCCAAGUCUCAGAGAGCACUCAUCUACUGGCAGCUUCAGAAGAUCAAUGAUGAUCGCAAGCAUGAGAUCAAGCUAGAUGACAGGGUGCUUCGUACAGAUCAGGGCCUGCUGAUACGCAGUCUAAACCAGGCUGACACAGGAAUUUACCACUGCCAGGCUGUGGAACAUGGCUUUAUCCAGCCUCUGCUGCGCCUCAACCUCCAGGUCAUCCCUGCACAGAAACUGGGAGACAUCCUUCCUGGAUUUCCCGGUGUAGGAGGUGGGGCAGGUCACUCGGCCAAGCACAGGCUGUGGUACCGAGACUUCCUGUCUCUCUUGGACCACCCGGACCUGAACAGCGUUGAGGAGUUUUGUGAUCGAGUUUGGAAGAAAGAGCGCAAACAGAAGAGGGUGAAGACACCCAACAAUAAUGGUCAGGGUAAACCUGACACCACUGGCGUUCCCAACUCUGCAAUACAGCCGAAAUCUUUGGCUCCCACUGCUCAAAAGCAGCAAGCCAGCCCACCACAGAGCAGGCCAUGGCUCCAGGCUGGAGCUCCAACAGUGGAAGGUCCAGUACGGAGCCAGAGUAACCAGAGAGGUCAACCAAACGUGGGUAUGAUAAGUGGCCAGGCACCUAGGAACAACCAGAAGACACAAAAUGGCCAGAAGGGGCAGGGCAGUCUGGCUGGUUCUCAGGCUGCGGGGGGGUCUCGAGUGGGAAGCCAGCAUACGGCAAAGUGGAGACGAAUGCAGGAAAAUAAGAAGGGACGCAACAGGAGGACCCAUGAGCUUCAAAGACCCCCGCGUAGCGUUUGAGAGAAAGAAAAAAUUUAACUAAGCACAGAGAUGCACACAUGCAACCAGAUCUACACACACAAGCACCAACCCAUGCAUCCACACACAUACACGCAAGCACAUUCUAUAGAUUGUGUAUCCAAUGUAUUGAUUCAGUGACCUCUCCAUAACAGCAGCCAAAACAAAGACCCAUGAAAAAAACAAGCAACACACUCGUAGGUAGAAAUACAAGUGCACACAUGUAAUAACAAUAAAUCUUGCAUUCAAAGACAUACACACAAAUGCACAUAACCUGUGAAGAGGACAAAGAUGAGGAGGACUGAAAAACUGGAAUGCAAACUGUAAAUGUGUGAGGAUUAGGUUGGUUGCCUGGGAUACUGCCUGGCAGACACUUCAACCUCCUGUACAUAAGCUACUAAAAUAAGGCUGGGACAAAAGUGUUCAACAAGGUGUUCGUUUGUAAGCAGACGGACUUAAAUGCUAAGAGGACAGUUUAUGGAGACAUUAAUAGAUACAUGGACAUUUAAGGAAGGAGAAAUAUGCAUUCGCUGCAACCUGUCCUCUUUGACCUGAGCAUGUGAACUCUGACAUAGUGUAUAUGGAAUGGAUUAAAAACUUUGAUGAACUGUUUGAGGAGAAAAUAACCUUCCAUCUAGCAACAACAGCACCCUUAAAGGAGGAAAGGGAAGGGUUGCAAUUCACCAAGAAUACUUGCACUGGUGUUGUUUAAAAAACCACAUAGAACCAUUGUUACAUGCAAAACUGCAAAGUCACGCCAUGGUGCAGAGAAAGUGCAACAUCAUAACCCUCUCCACCUGAGGCUGGGAAAGCAUUGUGCAUGUUGUUGUCAAUCAAUGUUUUAAUAAGCUAGUUAUUUUAUGGAACCCUAGAGGCUUUUUUUACACCCUACCUAAACAAUGUUACAUUUUUCUUUUAUAUUUACUUUCUUUUCCAAAACAGUGCUUCUAUUUCGAGGCAAAAAGUACAAGCAACAUACUAGUCUCAUUGUUCAUUAUCCCUUCUCCUCCCGAUUCUGUGUAAGUUAUUAUGUUGUUGCUUUUUCUGGGAUUUAUAGAGUCUGGGCACGAAUUCCAGUUGUAGGCUAUGAUAAACUCAGUCUGAAAUAGACUGCCACUUGUUUUGUGUACAUAUAUACAACAAACUUAACUCUCUGUGUAUAUACAGUACAUAUACAGUACAAGAACACCACUUGAUUAUUAUUUAUUGCUCAUUGUUUUGUGAAAGGGUUGCAUUUAUUUUUGAUAUUAUGGUAUUUUUGGCUCAUCAAUAUAUUGGAGAAACAAUGGCAACAGCAACUAAGAAAAUUUUGAUGGACCAACUGGCUGAAAAUGCGUCAAGGAAUCCCUUUUUGGGGAUAUAAGGAUUGAUAAUGUAGUUUAGGAGCACGAGUACAGGGGUUUGUGUCAUUAACCAAAUUGUUUUGACAGAGAUCCCACCAACGAUAAGCACAAUUUUGUCUCUAUUUUGCCUUUCGUAACAGAUCAUUUCAGUGAUUUUUCCUUUCUCCCACAUCCAUCCAACAUGUCUUUUAUUCGUCCAGUAGCCAUUAUGUGUAAAAUAAUCCCCCAAACUGAAAAACAUUAGCUGUGAAUCUCUGUAAGAAAUAGUGGAGAAAAAUGUUAAAUCUAGUCUGAGGAGAAGACAUGUUAUACUGCAUGUGAAUGCUACCUACAGUAAGUGCAUCUUUUUUAUUGUCUCUUUAAGUGUUUUGUGUGAGAGGUAAAGUUCCCUUAAAGCAAGGUGUGAAUUACUUUUGUCCUUUUGCCAAAACGGUGAUAAUAAGAACUCAUGAUACUCUGUCCAAAACUGUUCAGCUCCAAGCUCCUGGAUCUUUGAUUCAACAAUGGUAACCCCCUGUCUCCCCUGUCCCUUUAAUACAUGACAAGAGUAAUGUGUCAAUGCAAUAAACUAGAGCAUAUAGUGUUCUGUACCAAAACUCAAAAGUUUGGUGUGUCUCUAAUUCUGGUCUCUCCCUCAGAGUUAGUAAAGUGAGAGAGCUGAAAGUUACUGCUGCUGUAACACAGUUCUUUCUGGCAUGCAUUCAGUUGUCUAAAUAAACAUCUCCGUU